AUGGACAUCACCCCCUGGAUGACCAACCACACGGGGUGGGCAGAUUUCAUCCUAGUGGGACUCUUCAGGCAAUCCCAACACCCAGCUCUGCUUUGUGUGGUCAUCUUUAUGGUUUUCCUGAUGGCCUUGUCUGGAAAUGCUGUCCUGAUCAUCCUGAUACACUCCAACACCCAGCUUCACACCCCCAUGUACUUCUUCAUCAGCCAGCUGUCCCUCAUGGACAUGAUGUACAUCUCCAUCACUGUGCCCAAGAUGCUCCUGGACCAAGUGCUGGGUGUGAGUACCAUCUCUGUCCCAGAAUGUGGGAUACAGAUGUUCCUCUAUGUGACUCUAGCAGGUUCUGAGUUUUUCCUUCUGGCAGCCAUGGCCUAUGACCGCUAUGUGGCCAUCUGCCAUCCGCUCCAUUACCCUGUCCUCAUGAACCACAGGGUGUGUCUCCUCCUGGCAUCUGGCUGCUGGUUCCUGGGAUCAGUGGAUGGCUUCAUGUUCACUCCUGUCACUAUGACCUUCCCAUUCUGCAGAUCCCGGGAGAUCCAGCUUGUCCCCGCUGUACUGAAGCUCUCCUGCUCAGACACCUCGCUCUAUGAGGUUUUCAUGUACCUGUGCUGCGUCCUCAUGCUCCUCAUCCCGGUGACAGUCAUUUCAGGCUCUUACUACUUUAUCUUGCUCACUAUCCACAGGAUGAACUCAGCAGAGGGCAGGAAGAAGGCCCUGGCCACCUGCUCCUCACACAUGAUGGUGGUCAUUCUCUUUUAUGGGGCUGCUAUCUAAACCUACAUGCUCCCCAGAUCCAGCCACACCCCAGAGAAGGAUAUGAUGGUGUCCGUCUUUUACACCAUACUCACCCCUGUGCUGAAUCCUUUAAUCUAUAGUUUUAGGAAUAAGGAUGUCAUGGGAGCACUAAAGAAAAUGUUGAAUGUGGGACCAGUUUUUAAAGAAAACACAGCGUAA